CUUCUUCCACCUCCAAACUCUACGAAACGCAAAGCGAGGAGAGCGCGAGGGGGGGAGAGGAGAGGAUCGGGGAAGGAGAGGCAUGGAGAAGGGGGGAUUCAUCGCAAUAUUCGUCGCCUUUGGGCUCAUCAACCUCGGCUUGCACUUGUACGAGAGGGCGCCGGGGUGGUUGGUGUGGAUGCUCGGCGGCGUCACCACGCUGGACCGCGCGCUGGGCGACUGCUCGAUGUGCCGGUACGGCAUGGUGGCCGGCGACGUCGUCCGCACGCUCUCCUGCGGCCACGUCUUCCACAAGGACUGCGACUACAGCGUCGACAAAUGGCUCCGCGAGCACGGCCUGUCCUGCCCGGAAUGCCGCAAGAAGGCUCGCAGCGUUCGCGUGCUGCCGUGGAGAGCGCGGCCGCAGCAGCCGUUGCCGGAGGAGCAGAACCCGCCGCCACAGGAGACGUCUGCGUCGUCGUCGUCGUCGUCAUCGACACACGUCAGGAUUGCUCCGGAGGAGCCGGGCGACCUCGACCUGGAGGCUCAGGACCAGCUGCUACCGCCCCCGGCGACAGGUUCGCCCAAGGGCCCGGAGGAGCAGCACCCACCGCGGCCGGCGGCGGCGACGUCGUCGAGCUCCGCCGACACCUCGAGUUUGGAGGAGCCACUUCUGCGGCCAUCUGCGUCGCCAUGAUCAGGGUUAGACGGAAUCACGGAACGGGGCACGUCCGACACCUCGAGUUUAGUUUGGAUCAGUUCCUGGCCAGGUUCUCUCUCUGUUUCUGUUGGUAGAUUUCUUAGCAGCCACGCAAGAUUCAUGGGGCUCUUCUCGUUAGGUUCUAGAAGCCGAUCGAUGUCAGUACGGCCUUUGGAGUCAUGCUCAUUCUGUCAGAGUUUGUAACUUGGUUGCU